AUGAAAAAAGAAAACAAGAGAUAUUAUGCAGUGUUUUCCGGACGGGUUACGGAAGCUACGAUAUUCUCCUCUUGGGGAGAUGCACAUCCCUACAUUACUGGCUAUCAUUCAACCUUCAAGGGCUUCGUAACUCUAUCUGAAGCCCAGAAGUAUUUGAGGGCCAAGGGAAUAGACAAGCCUAGAUUGGUGGUUCGCGAAGGUCCCAAAGAGACUCGUCCUCAAUUCUCUCAAGGGAAAUUUUAUGCAGUGGCCCUUGGUCGAAAACCAGGGAUGCCGAAGCACAAGUCAAUGGGUAUCCGCAUGCAUGUUACAAGUGCUUCACGACACAUGCUCAAGCACAAGACUUCAUUAGCAACUGGAAGGAAUCUGAUGCAGAUGUUCGCCGGAGAGAUAAGGUCACUGAACCCGCAAGCUGCCUCAGGCCGAUUGACUUGGAGUCAAGUUUCCAUGAUCUCCAGCCUCGAGAGAGAGAGGACCCGAGCGAAUGGAUCACCACCAGAAUGA